AUGCGGCAGAGCAAUCAGUCCUUGCUGGCAGACUUCAUCCUCGAAGGGCUCUUCCAUGACUCCCUCACCCAUGUCUUUCUUUUCUCCUUGACUAUGAUGGUCUACCUUGUUGCAGUGAGUAGUAACACCCUCACCAUUUUCCUCAUCUGUGUAGACCGUCGGCUGCACACUCCCAUGUACUUCCUGCUCAGCCAGCUCUCCCUCAUGGACCUCAUGCACGUCACCACCACCAUCCCCAAGAUGGCUACCAACUACCUGUCAGGCAGGAAGUCCAUCUCCUUCGUGGGCUGUGCUACCCAGCAUUUUGUCUACUUGGCAUUGGGAGGGGCCUCCUGUGUUCUCCUGACUCUCAUGUCCUAUGACCGUUAUGUUGCCAUCUGUCACCCACUGCACUAUGCUGUUAUCAUGAGCAGGAGGGUGGCUCUGAUGAUGGCUGUCACGUCAUGGUUGGGAGCAUCCAUGAACUCCUUCAUUCACACUGUGAUCUUGAUGCACUUCCCUUUCUGUGGGUCUCGAACAAUCCACCACUUCUACUGUGAGUUUCCUGCUAUUGUGAAAUUGAUAUGUGGAGACAUCUCUGUCUAUGAGACCACGGUGUAUAUAAGCAGUGUUUUGUUCGUCCUCAUCCCCAUCCUCCUUGUCUCCACAUCUUAUGCCUUCAUCCUCCACAGUAUCAUUCAGAUGCGUUCAACUGGGAGUAAGAGAAAUGCCUUUGCCAUUUGUAGCUCUCAUCUGACUGUGGUUUCUCUCUUUUUUGGUGCCUGCAUCUUCACAUAUAUGAGACCCAGUUCCCAGCACACUCCAUUGCAAGACAAGGUUGGUUCUGUGUUCUAUAGUAUCAUCACUCCAACACUGAAUCCUCUGAUUUAUACUCUCCGCAAUAAGGAUAUAGCUAAGGCACUGAGGAAAGUGCUGGGGAGAGAUGCUGUAAUACAAUGA